AUGGGACUAACUGUUGGGGUUUUUCGUUCACUUAAGGUUGCCUCUCUCCCUCCCUCCUUUUUCAACUUUACCACACACUCCAACUCCCAAGCUUACACCUCCGCUGCUCAGUCCGGCCCUUUAAACACCUUCAACUACGCGAAACCCGAUAACAACAUGAAUAUCAUCGUCUCCAACUUCACCGUCCUCUCGCACAUCCAGUCCAAGCUGGACAUGAAGCCCGCAAGCCUCGCCGCCGAGAUGGCGAUCAAAAUGAAUGAGACGAUUGAUGAGCGGCUUCAGGUCCUUGAGGCGAACUUCUGGAGUUUGCAGCCGCUUAUUGCGGUACUAACUCUUCGAGCGACAGUUCUUUGCAUCGUUAUGUUAUUCAUGAUCCUGGGCAUUGUCAUCUUCUUUGACCGUGCCCGCCGUACCUCUAUCCACCCUGCCGCACCCCUCUCUCCUCGUUCCGAGUCCAGACGCUCUUAUGAGGAGACCCUCCUCAGGGACAGGAUCAAGGAGUUGGAGAGGAAGAUGGAGCGUAUGUCGCAGCUACCGCCUUACUCCGCUUAUGCCGAGGACACGAUUAUUUGCAGUAACCUUCCGGUUCAGCUUGAGGUUCCGCUCUUUGGGCAGAACACGGCUGCGCCUGCUGAGGAGGCUUUUGAAGUCGGGCCCGCGCAUGACUAUGAUAUUGUGUAG